UUAAAAAUGUAUCCGCUUUUAUUUAUAUGAUCAGAAUUGGAUGACAAGAUUGUUAGAAUUAUUUUGCGUUAUGUUUGCCCUGUAGUUCGUUGUUGUGGAAAGUAUGGUUUGGCAUCAGCUGCUGCUAUAUUUGUCAAAUUUUGCAUACAUAUUUCAUUAGAAAUGAUACGUAUAUGGAAAAUUAUUAAGCAUAAUGAUUACAGUAGUGAUAAGUAAUUUAUAAAUUGACCUGCUAUGCGGCCCUGUUCCAAAAGAAAGUUGUGGUGAAAGGACUUCUAAAAGUCUUGGCAGGCUGGAGUCGUGGAAGAUGGAAGGCCAUGAGGAGCCUCGAAGCAGUAAUAAUGGUGAAAAGCUGUCAUGGUCUGAACUGAGGAAUGUGGUUUGUGAUUUACGUCGGCAGUUAUCUGGUUUAUCAACAAUGGUGCCAGGUUCUGUGUCAUUCCGGACAUUACCUGAUGGAAGGACACGCAUUUAUUUUUUAAGCACACCAGCAAAUGGGUGGGAAAUGACAUUACUUUAUGCAGAUGUAAUGAAUGGUGCCCAUCACACAGGAUCACAUCGCUUACAGUGGGUACCUGUUAUAGAAGCAAACUUCCAGAGUCUCUCAAGUGUGAGCAGCACCUUCUCACGUGAAGAGCAGCUACUUUCGGAGCGUAGGAGGUUAGCAACAUGGGGAAUCACUUCAUAUGAACUCCACCAAGAGUCAGGAAAACUUGUCUUUCCAGCAGCUGGCAGUUUGUUCCAGUGUCUUGACACUGGAUUUGUGAAUGGACCCCUGUUUCCAGCUGAACUACGAAUGAAUUCAUGUGGGGCAAGGCUGAACCCUCAGAUUUGUCCCUCCAACCCUGAUCUUGUAGCUUAUGUGUGUAACAGUGACAUAUGGGUGUCACACACAUUAACAGGAAGCACCUUAAGGUUGACGUUUGCUCAUAAAGGUGGCCGUAGUAUAUCAGACGACCCUCUUAGUGCUGGGAUCCCAUCUUAUGUGAUGCAGGAAGAAUUCAGCAGGUAUCAGGGUUACUGGUGGCAACCAAUAAAUAUUGAUGGUAUUUACAGAAUAGUUUACGAAGAAGUAGACGAAAGCGAUGUUAAAAUAUUCUGUUUUCCAUCUGGAAAUUUUGGAGAAGCAGAGGAAUUUAGGUUCCCACGUGCUGGCACACCUAACUCGAGAUCUAAUCUGAAGAUGGUACAAUUUAGACUGAAUGACAAUAUGCAAAUUAUGGAUUUUUAUAUGUUAGAACUUCAGUAUCCACUUUCAGGAAUGUUUCCUUGGAUGGAGUACUUGGUUAGAGUAGGUUGGACUCCAAAUGCAGAACACCUAUGGGUGCAGCUUUUGGACCGAAGACAGCAGAGACUGGAGUUGGUUUUACUCUCUAUGGAUAACUUCACAGAACCUCCACCUAACAUGUACGAUGUAGAGAACAGCUUGAACCCACCCGCAUCUGCCGUCCAAGUCAUAUACGCACAGCAUUCUGACCUCUGGAUCAAUGUGAAUGACCUGUUGUACUUCUUCCCAACAAGUGAGAAUGGGGAGCUGAGGUUUGUGUGGGCAACAGAGGAAACUGGUUUCCGACAUCUCUACUUGAUCACGGCACAGAUGUCUGGUUUCAGCAAUGGAGUGGAGGAAACACUGGAGCGUAUGGAAAGUGAGGAAUUGUACUCUUCCCUACUCAGCUCCACUCUUCAAUUUGUGCGCAGUGUGUUUCUGCAACCACGUGUUGGCCAGAAAGUGGCACUAACUUCUGGUGAAUGGGAAGUUCUGGGUCGUUCUCUUUGGGUUGACCCUGAUCAUCAGCUGGUAUACUUCCUGGGGUUAAGAGAAUCUCCAUUGGAGAAACAUUUGUAUGUGGUGUCCCUGAGGAGGCCGGGUGAAGUUAGAUUGCUAACACGUCCGGGCUAUUCGUACAGCAUCGAUUUCAAUAAGGAGUGCACCAUGUUUGUGGCUGUCUACAGUAAUAUUCAGAAGUUACCAACAUGCCAAGUAUUCAGAAUAUCGCAUACAGACUGGACUGUGGAAGGUGUAAUGCUCACACCUGUCGGGUACUUAUUAGAACCUUCUGCUCUAGAAGGUGAAUUUUAUUGUCCAGAACUGUAUACUCAUCAGAUCUCAUCAGGGGACCUCCUCUAUGCCAUGGUGUUCAAGCCUCACUGUUUUCAACCUGGAAAAAAGUACCCAACUGUUCUGAACAUAUAUGGAGGCCCUGAAGUACAGUUGGUAUCCAAUACUUUUAAGGGAAUGCGUCAGUUACGAAUGCACAUGUUAGCUGCUCAGGGUUAUUGUGUUGUUGCCAUUGAUUCACGAGGUUCGCAACACCGGGGUUUGCAGUUCGAAAGCCAUUUACGAGGGAGAAUGGGCACAGUAGAAAUUGAAGAUCAGAUAGAGGUGUUGCAGUGGUUGGCAGAAAGUCUAGGUUUUAUAGACAUGAGUCGGGUAGCCAUUCACGGCUGGUCCUAUGGUGGCUACCUAAGUCUCAUGGCACUUGCUCAGCAUCCUGAAAUCUUCAAGAUCUCGAUAGCUGGAGCACCUGUAACUUCUUGGACACUGUAUGAUACAGGCUACACAGAGAGGUACAUGGACCUCCCUGAGAACAAUGAGCAAGGAUAUCGAACAGGAUCUAUACUCAGUUAUGUCCACCAGUUCCCAGAUGAUGAAAAUCGUCUUCUGAUAAUCCAUGGACUGAUUGAUGAGAAUGUGCACUUCUUCCAUACUAGCCAACUUAUUGCUGCUAUGAUUAAAGCUGGAAAACCAUACCAAUUACAGGUGUACCCAAAUGAAAGACACAGCCUGCGUCACUUGGAUGCCAGCAAACAUUAUGAAACAACACUUCUCUCGUUCCUCCAGAACCACUUAUAGUGCGGGGACAUAGUGUGCUGUUGUUCUGCCUGCCCUCCUUUUAAUACUACAACAUUGCAAUGAUAGGUGCAGUAAAUAUCUACAGUUGUGGUAUUUAGAAGCGACAGUCCUCCGACGCGGAGUAGGAGAAGUGUUGGUAGUGGCGGGGAGAGCUCCAGCAUGCUGACAAGUGUGGAGGGGAAUGCAGUACAGGCGUUCUCAAAAGGAA